ACAUCGUAGGGAGAUAAGAACCGAAUGAGGUAGCGCGCACGAUUUACACCACAAACGUUCAUCGUGGCUUGCUUUAAAUGUAAGAUCUUUCCUUCAGCAAUAAAAUAAUAUGAACAUGUAAACAAUGUCUGUGUAAUUAAUUGCCUGAACUGGAAAGCGUGUAUCAAUCAAUGAUUCACAAACCAAAGGACGACGCGUAUUUACUUCAAUAAUGAGUUGCUGCAGUAGACCGAACCGUCUGGCUACUCGUAUGUAGCGUAGUCUAAUGAUCGACUGAGUGAAAAUCACGAUCCCGAGAGGACAUGAAGCGACAGAAUGUUAGAACGCUCUCCUUAGUGGUCUGCACAUUCACGUACUUGCUCAUAGGGGCCGCAGUAUUCGACGCCCUGGAGUCCGACACAGAGAGGAAACGGUGUGAAUUCCUGACGGAGAUGAAGGAGAAUUUGCUUAAGAAGUACAACAUCUCUCAUGAAGACUACAAAAUGAUUGAAAUCGUCAUAAUUGAAAAUAAGCCUCACAAGGCGGGGCCACAAUGGAAGUUUGCGGGGGCCUUCUACUUCGCAACAGUGGUUCUAGCUAUGAUAGGAUAUGGACAUUCUACGCCAGUGACUAUAGGAGGCAAGGCUUUCUGUAUGGCAUACGCGAUGGUUGGAAUCCCGCUGGGGCUUGUUAUGUUUCAAAGCAUUGGUGAACGUCUCAAUAAAUUCGCGUCGGUGUUAAUCUGUCGUGCGAAACGCUAUAUGCGGUGUAAGCGCACGGAGGCUACAGAGAUGAACCUGAUGCUGGCGACCGGAAUGCUGUCUUCUGUGAUUAUCACAACCGGUGCAGCCGUGUUCUCCAGAUACGAAGGCUGGAGCUAUUUCGACAGUUUCUAUUACUGUUUUGUCACGCUCACAACGAUAGGUUUCGGUGACUAUGUCGCACUGCAGAACGAUCAGGCACUAAUAAACAAGCCAGGUUAUGUGGCACUGAGCCUCGUAUUCAUUCUCUUCGGUCUUGCGGUUGUUGCUGCUAGUAUCAACUUGCUGGUUCUCCGCUUCAUGACGAUGAAUGCUGAGGAUGUUCGCCGGGAGGAUAAUGAACUGCAAUCUGCCUCACAUCAUGUUCUCACCUUGGAUGGAGAAGUGUUAUCUGUUAAUGGGAAAUUACUGGCUGGCCAUGUGCUGCUUGACUGUAAUGACCAGGCUGAUCAAGUCUCUGUGUGUUCAUGUACCUGCCUUGGACCAGCAAGGUGCCAUAACCACCUCCUACAACUUGAACCUGUCUACCAACCAUCUGGAGGCAGCAUAAGAUCCAAAAGAGCCUCUCUAUAAAUAGAAUAAAAUCUGAGCCACUUAUCCUGCACUGACACUAAUGAUGAUGAUAUGAGACGAUAGUGUAAUUUAAAAUUAAAUAAGGGUAGAAGACUGGAAAAUUCCCAGACAAAAUUCUCCUACUUAAAACAUUACAUCAGUGCCAAAAUAUAGACUUAUACAGCUAGUUUGAUUUAUUUCUCUACAUGAAUAAGACAUUGCAAGCUUCCCAUUAAGGCACAAAAGAUCACUGUGGUCGCAGUGCAAGGGCCAAGAAGGCCCACCCCUUAUACAUUCAACCUUCUUAUUGUACCUCUGAAAACUUUCAUUUCAGUGCCAGGUAUUUUCCACAAUAUUUAUAUUUCUAACAGCCAUUAGAAGUAUAUUAAAUACCAUACAAUACAUUUGGAGCAGUAAAGAUUCUUCUUCAUAACUUAUGGUGUAUGACACAGGCAAAGAAUUUUGUUUUGUAUUCCAGAUGUGAGUAGCCACCUUAUGGAGUCCUGUUGUCUUGAAGAUCUUCCACUGCCCAGUGUUAUUUAGUAUGGAAUUUAUAUCAGGUAAUAAUACUAAAACUACAAAUACCUAUCAGGCGUAGAUGUGAAAUGAAAAUGUUGAAUGUUGAAUGCUUUACAACAAAGUAUGCCAAGAGGUCCUGUCUCAAAAGUAAAUGCAAUUUUGAAUUUUAUAAAAAUGCUUCUCUAUAUUAACAUCGCCAUUUUAUAAUGUUUAUCUGCCUUUUACUUCUGACAGACCCUCAGAAAUAAUACAUCUGGCUGCUCUUCAAUAUGAUUUCAAUUCACGUUGACACCCUUCUAGUGAAAGAUUCCAUGACCACUAAUGCACUUAUUUCAUUUGUAGUUGAAAUGCAUGGCAAGUUUUCAUACCCAGCAAAUAUCUUGUGAAUACUUUUGAGCAUUGAAUGUAUAAUGUAGAUCAUAUAAUAUGAAGAAUAUUCCAUCUGGUGAGUAAAAUGUGAAACAAGAACUAUAUAUACUUCAAUCCUGCCUCAACAAAGCUCCUCUGUUGCAAAGCACUGCUUGCUCUACUUGCCCAGCCCUGUAUGGUUACUUGAGGUUACUGCAUGGCAAAGAUCUUAUUACUGAGUACUUGUUAAAUGAUGUAGUGUUACCAGUAGUCCAUGUAUUUCCAUUUUUCUUGUCCCGUGGAUUAAAAAGUAGAAUUUUGCACCACAAGAGAUAAGCUAUGUGUAUUCUCCAUCCACCUCCUGCAGAUCCAUUAUAACUACAACAUGUAUUAAAUUCUCACUUUUGUUAACUGAGGGUGCAUGUAGUAGCAUGGUUGAGGCACUAUGCUACAAGCUGGAAGGUCGCGGGUUCGAUU